AUGAGAGAAGCCCUCGGUAUGCCUACCUCAGUUCUCGGCGCGUCUCUGUGCUCAACUAGUGGUCCACCUUUCUGGAGUGCUCUAUUUCAGUACCCGUCAUUUGAUGUCUCGUACGAAUCCGGCAUUGAUUGGGUGCCGAGGUUUGAUGCGUCGAUCGAGGUGUUUGGAGAACACAAGACCGUUAAGGUCGUUUUUGAUACCCCGUACAUCAAGGGUCUACCGACAACCAUGCACAUCCGUGAGAAGCUUGAAGACGGGAUGUAUAGAGAGUCAGUUAUUCGGAGGACAUAUGAAGACGCAUACACCUUGGAGAUGAAGGAACUUUAUGCAUUUGCUGCAAUGGGGAAGACAGCUAAAACGACGGCUGCUGAUGCCCGGCAGGAUUUAGAGAUAUUCGGUAUGAUUAUGAAGGCUGGACAGGCGGGUUUGGAAUGUAACUAA